UUCUACUUUCAUAAUUACUAAGGAACGAAACAAACGCUUUCUGAGGUGAUAUCGCAAGAUCAUAAUGUUUGAAUGUAGGUGAUAGAUCUAAUCUAGAGUCUAGAUCUAUAAAUCUAAUCUAGAAUCUAUCUCUAGAUAUCUAGAUCUAGACUCUAUCUAGAAUCUACAUUAAAUAAAUCGAUCAAAUGGCAUCAUUAUACAAGAAUCUAAUAGCCAAAAAGCUAGCAAGGACUAUCUUGAGUAACUACCAGCAUGGCGGACUUCAAGAAAUUGAAGCAGCAAUUCAAAGUCUCGUGAAAGUUGCACCAGUCAGGAAGGAAAAGAUAAGAGAUUCUCAGUUCACUGUUAGUCUGUCACAGCUGACUAAAUGUUUACGAGGACAUAUUGUCAAUUUAGAUCAAAUACAGACUGAUGGUAAUUUAGAUGUGAAAAUAGAUCAUGAUCUGAUACACUUUAAAACUGAACCUGCAAAGCUUGCUCAGGCAGUCUUACAAGAUGUGAAGGUCAAUCACAUUAAUUAUGGAUACAUGGGCAGGACCAAUGGUAGUCAGAAACAUGUUUGUGUUGAAUUCAGUUCACCAAAUGUGGCCAAGCCAUUUCAUGUUGGCCACUUGAGGUCGACAAUAAUUGGAAAUGUGAUUUCUAACUUCUAUGAAGCAGCUGGUCAUAGAGUGAAAAGAAUAAACUGGAUUGGGGACUGGGGCACACAAUUUGGUUUAGUUUCAUUGGGUCUGAUGAGGUUUGGUGAUGUUGAGCUUUUAAAACAGGAUCCUUUGUUAGAACUGUUUAAUGUCUAUGUCAAAAUAAAUCAAGCUGUAGCAGCAGAGUGUGGCACAAAUUCAGAGUCCAUGUCUCCCACAUAUCAGGAAGGAAUGGCUCUGUUUUCUAAGCUAGAAAAAGGAGAUGAACAUAUGAUGACAAUUUGGAGGAUGAUCAGGGAUUUAAGUCUUCAAGAACUUAAUAAAAUGUACCAGCGACUAGGAGUGCACUUCACGCAUAUACUCUCAGAAUCAGAGUACCACAACAGAACCCAGGAAAUCCUGGAGCGUUUGUCGCAGAAAGAUCUUCUGCUUUAUGAUUCUGAUGGUGUUGGCUAUGUAGAGACAGAAAUUAAAGGAGUUGGACGAGCUACAGUAGUGAAAAGUGAUGGUUCCUCUUUGUACUUAACCAGAGAUAUUGCCUCAGCUCUGGACAGGCAGGAAAAGUUUUCAUUCGACCAUGUUCACUAUGUAGUUGAACAAGGUCAAAAAGCACAUUUUAUUAAGUUAGUCAGCAUUUUACAAAAACUGGGAGUUCCUUGGGCCAACAGUUCAAUUGAUGACAUUCACGUUCGGUUUGGUCGAGUGAAUGGUAUGAGCACACGUGAAGGAAAUGUUGUAUUCCUAAGAGAUGUUCUUGAUGAGGCCAGAACAAGGGUUAGGGACACAAUGCUUAAAAAAACUUCCACUAGAGCCUCACAAGAUGACAUGGAAAAAACAGCUGACGUUAUAGGUGUGGCUUCAAUCAUUCUUCAGGAUCUGAAAGCUAACAGAGUUGCUGACUACACCUUUUCCUGGGAGAGGAUGUUAAACUUAAAGGCAGACUCUGGAGUGUUUGUACAAUAUUGUCAUGCACGGCUCAACAGCAUGAUGACAAACUGUGGAGUACAGCCGUCAGAUGACAUUGACAUUAGCUGUAUUGUUAAAGAUGAUGCACUCAUGAACAUUGUCUUACAUCUAGCCAGAUAUCCUGAGGUAUUUGAAUAUUCUCUAGACAGUUUGGAGCCUCAUCAUGUGGUUCAGUAUUUGUUUAAACUGUGUCAUUUCAUCAAUGCAGCCUACACAUCAUGUCCAGUGAAAGGUGAACCACAGGACCUAGCUCAGGCUCGGUUGUUUACCUUUGAAUGUGCCAAGCAAGUUCUACAAAAUUGUUUACUUCUCUUGGGUCUAAAGCCUCUAGAUGUGAUAUAAUAAUAUGUCCUAUUAAUGUAAUCAUUCAUUCAUUAAAAAAAAAGACAACAAAUCUUAUCAAA